CGGGCUCUCUCCAAGAUGACUUGUCUUACCGUUUACUCGCGGAAGCCCCCCGAUAACGCUCCUGAGACAUUGCCUUUUGUCAUCAGCUCGUAUGGUCAGCUCAAGCUGUCAGUCUUCAAAGAGCAUGAAAUACUCGUUGUCAGCGUUUUGGAGGCAAGAGACAUGCUGAGUGAGUGCCAAGGGUCCUGUAACUCCUAUGUUAAGAUCGGCAUGUUUCCUGACAGUGAUCCAGAAAAAAGGCAGAAGACUUUGAUGGUUCCUCAGUGCAGGAACCCUAUCUUUUUACAGACAUUUUACUUCACGGUCGGUGAGGAGGACCUUCAUAAGAGGCUGCUCUUUACCGUUUGGAACUACGAUGCUACGUCAAGACGGAGUUCUCUGCUUGGCUGCAUGAGCUUUGGCCUACGCUCCCUUAUGGAUGCAGACAAGGAGGUGCAAGGAUGGUACUACCUACUUGGGGAAGAGCUGGGGAGAUGGAAGCAUCUUAAAGUGCCAACAGAACACAACCACCACACCACUGAGGCUGUGCUGUCAAACCAUGGUGCUGCCCCUGAGACUGAUCGCCCUGAGAAUAUGCAAUGCUUAACAGUGACCAUCCUUCGAGGGAAGGAUGGCUAUGGAUUCACCAUCUGCUCGGAUUCCCCCGUGAGGGUACAGGCCGUUGAUCCAGGGGGUCCAGCGGACCAGGCUGGUCUACAGCAGCUGGAUACUCUCCUGCAGCUGAACGGUCAGCCGGUGGAACAGUGGAAAUGCGUGGACUUGGCCCAUGCAAUAAGAAACAGUGCCAAUGAAAUUACAGUGGUGGUAUGGCGCACCGGUCCCUCAGCUAAGCCUAGUUUUGAAGGCCUCAUCCAUCGGCCCUCCUACAAACCCUCAACGUCAAACUACGAGGCUCCCUCACCGCCCGCUCGCAGGCGCGCACCAGAUGUCGGCCCGAGCAAAGCUCCCCCGGCCGUGCCGCCUCUCCCUGCGCACCACCGGCCAACUACAACCCGCAGGCUGCUGGUGAACGGCUCUGAAACUGGAAACAGUGUCGGCAUGAGCAGAGGGACGAUGGCGUGGGGAGCUCACAUGGGGUCGGCGGAGGAGCUGGACGGUAAACCCCGUCUCCUCCAUCAUCCUCCCACUGCCACCUUAAAGGGGACCAGGGUGAAGGCAUCCAAUGGGGACAAUUACAUCAUCCUGGCACCCAUCAACCCUGGAAGCCAGAUAUUGAGGCCUGUGUAUCCUGACAACCAGGGUACGUUAGCUGCAGGUUACAACAGGUUAUACCCCACACGACAGACUACUGGUCCCCAGCCUCAGAGUGGCAGUAGCAGUGGCGGGGCUUUUUCUGGGGGUGGUGGGAGUGGUUUCUCCAACCGCACCGGGUUCUUACGGCGAUCUAACAACUCCAAGGUAUCGAAAGGAUCGUCCACCUCCUCCACCAGCGCUGGCCUACCUAGCUACCAACAACAGAAUGCCAAUUUUGCUAACUACCAGAACUGUACGAUUGUCCGCUCGCAUACUCCCCACGCCAACUACGGAUAUGUCAAAGUCGCACCGAAGAUCCUCAUCUUCCCUAUAUUUGUUCAGCCUCUUGACCUGUGCAGCCGGACUCUCGUCAUAUCGGAAGAGAUGAUUCUACAUGAGAGCAAGCACCACUCUUUGAAGGUUACAGUGUUUGUCUACAAUGACUUGCUGCUCAUAACGAGAGAAAAUGAACCUGGCAGAUGUAACGUCCUACAAAGUCCCCUGUACCUCAGACACCUCCGUCUACAAGAUGAUUACACUGAUGGGAUGAGGUUCUACCUGAUCCACAUGACCGAGAAGUGUGACUGUCUGCUCAGCCUGGAAGCCUAUUCAGCGGACCAGAAGCGCCGCGUGUGUCAGUGCCUGAAGGACAACAUUGACAAGCAGCUCCAGCUUCACAGGAGGGAGCCUGCCGUUCCGCAUUUUGAACAGAUGUUGGAGCCUAAGGUGGAUGCCUCUUCUUGUGAGCUGGGCGGCGUCGAGGGAGACAGAGAAAGCGUCGGCCUCCACAUGCCGACGCACAGCCCAGAAGGCGAGGACAGCAGCCUGUAUCCCUCCAGCCCCUCGGAGCCUGCGACGCUCGGAAGUCCUCACCCCUCGGAGCCUCUCACACCUUUGGAUGACGUCUACACGCCCCUCGGAGGCCUGUUGGGCUCUGGGGACCGACACAAGGUGCCUCCCACGCCACCUCCUUCCACGGAGGGCGAGGAUUCAAAGAGCAUGGACGGGCACGAGAUGGACAUGUGGAAAGAGAGUAAAGAUGGGGAGGACAGGGCAGACGAAGAGGAGGAGGGGGCCGGCAGAAGGAGCGAAGAAGGGGAGAAAGACGGAGAGUUGGAAGAGGACGAUAGGUGUGAAGAAGAGGUCAACCUGAACCUUGUGGUUUCCAACACGGAUGAGGACAACGUCUCCGAGCCGCCCGACACCAACGCCCCCCCUUCCUCCUCCUCCUCCUCGUUUGUCAUCCCCGAGCUGCGACUCGACCGCUCCUUCAGCGCCGACGCCCUCUCCUCCCCCAACACGGACGAAGAAGAGUACGACGAGGACGACGAGGAGGAGUCCGAGGAGGAGGAGGACGACGAGGACGACAGCGACGACGCUUACCUGCAGCGCAGCGACAGCAAGCGCCGCAGCAUGGUGGAGGGCGCCACGUGCGAGAAGCACGGCGGAGGGCGGCUCAGCGUGCAGAACUCCCUCCGGCGGCGCACGCACAGCGAGGGCAGCCUCCUGCAGGAGCCCCGCAAUCCCUGCUUCACCUCCGACAACGCCAUCAACUGCCUGGAGGCCGGGGGCGGGCACCACAAGGGCGGCUGGACGCUCCCGUCGCCCAAAACCCUGAAGAAAGAGCUGAUGAAGAACGGGGGCUCCAUGCACCAGCUGUGCAUGCUUUUCUCUGGGAGGAAGCUGAGCGCCGGAUCCGCCUGCAGCUGCGAGGUCAGCCCUGACGGCACAAAGAAGAAGAAGUCCAAGAACCUGGCCAAAGACAUGAAGAAUCGGCUGGCUUUCCUGCGGAGGAGGAAUGAGUCCCCAGGAAGCAACCCAGCCGGGAAGUUAGACAAAUCCAUGAAGUCAGUCAAGCCCACCCCAGAGGAAGCGCUCAAGUGGGGGGACUCGCUUGACAAACUCCUGACGCACAAAUAUGGUCUGGCAGCCUUCAGAGCUUUCCUGCGCACCGAGUUCAGCGAGGAGAACCUGGAAUUUUGGCUAGCGUGCGAGGAAUACAAGAAAAUCAAGUCCCAGUCCAAGAUGGCCUCAAAAGCCAAGAAAAUCUUUGCUGAGUACAUCGCCAUACAGUCUUGUAAAGAGGUGAAUCUGGAUUCGUACACUAGGGAUCACACUAAGGACAACCUGCAGAAUGUGACGCGCUCCUGCUUUGACUUAGCACAGAGGCGGAUAUACGGGCUGAUGGAAAAGGACUCAUACCCCCGCUUCCUGCGCUCGGAACUCUACUUGGACUUAAUUAACCAAAAAAAGCCCAGUGCCACAUCGACCUCAUCCUCCUCAUAAGAGACGAGGAAGGACACAAGGAGAAGUGAAAGAUGACGACAGACACAAACGGGGCAGACUUGAAAACGGAAACCCAACAGUGGUUGGGAUGUGAGCUUCAUUGUUUGCCUUUGUCAUUUUUUUUAUUAUUAUUAUUAUUAUUAUUGUUGUUGUUUGUGUGCGCGUGUAUGUCAUCCUGUUCACUAGGAUUUUUGUUGUGUGACAAGAGAGGCUCAAAAGUUAUGGCACUGCAAAGGAAUGUAGUUUACAGUUACCAGAUGGAUGGGUGAAUGGAUGGAUGGAUGUUACUAAAUUCACAAAGGCCCAAAAAGCAAGGGCUGGAGCAGGAAAUGGACGCCUGUCUGAUCACUGUUUCUGAUGUGCUUUUUUUUUUUUCUUUUUUUUUUACGCUGAUGUCAGAAAAAAAACAGAAAAGAUGCAUUUGUUUUGUUGUCCAGUUGUCGUGGAGAAUAGGAGGGGUUGCACCAAAAACCUGCAGACGUGAAGACAGUCCGGUACUGUUUUGUCACUUUUUCCCUUUAUCACAGUUUUAAAACCCUUUGUUUGGUUCACCACAUUCUCCUCAGAAGGAACUUCAAAGCUGUUGGUACGUUUAAAAUGUAAUUUUUUUUUCUUCUUCAUGUCCUUACCUGUGGAGGGCAAGGUGUUAGUAUUAUUAUUAUUAUUAUUACUUUUCUGUUAAACUUUCCAUUCACUCAAAGCUUCUACGAACGGCUCUCUGCCGAUUCAAUACAAGACUGGACGCGACUACAGAGACGGACAAGCAAAGAAAACGAACGGCUGAAUCGCAGUUGUGCUGAAACGCCAAUGUGAGAACUACUCCCACUCCAAGCACAUUAAUAGUUUGAAGCCUGAGUUGGAAAAAAAAAGGGGGGGGGGGGGGGGGGGGACCACAAAAGACGACGACUUGCUUCCUGCCUCCAAAGACUAUUUCCUGUAAGGAACUGAAAAUCCGGAAGAAGACAACAUCUCCUUUAACAUUGUAGCUCAUUCUGGACUAAUCAGGAAGCAUUCUCAGGACAUUGCUAUUACAGGUUACGGCUUGGUUUAUCUUCUUCACUGUUACUGGUUUUCUGAACACACUUUUUUUCUUUGUUUUGUUUUUCCCCAACACGCUUUAGGGAUCCAAUCUGCACUCCCUUAUCCUACUGCGCUAUGCACAAGAGUUGCUCAUUUUCUGGCCUGGGUGGGAAAAAAAAGGAAAAAGAAACGUUUUGUGUGUACCAAGGUUUGCCUAUUUAUUUAGAUUAACUUGCUGGAUGCUUCUAAAGACACACCUUCGCGUCCUCUAAAGCACUCGCCCUAAAGCUUUUUACUUUCCUCUUAACCACCAAACAGGUCCAAUGCUGUCCUGAACUUUUAAGUGCAAUAUUUUUAUUUUUAUUUUACUUUUUUUUUAUUAUUUUAUUAUCAUGUUUGGAUUGUUCAUUUAUUUAGAUAAAUUUGUAUUUUGUAACGGGGAAGACGGAACAGCUUGAGCUCUGCAUUACCUUUUUAUUUGUUAAGAGAAACAAUACUUAGAGCUAUAAGGUUGACUUAACGUAAACUUCAAGAAGCAUAAAGUAGUUUAUCGAGUUUUAAGCGACUGAUUCUGUGUGUUAACACCCUAGCAGCAGGCAGCUGGGGCAGUAAUGGUUGUAAAUAUAAUUCUUUAAGAAAACUAUGUGAUAACACAUUAAAAAUAAACAAAAAAGAAGCAAACCGGUCUCUGUUGGUAUGAGUAAGGGACCCAGCUGUAUCUAUGUAAAUACAAGAGACUCAACUAUAAGAUGACAUGUAUUGUUAAAAAAUAGUUUAGAGCAGGUACAGUCUGCUCUUCUCCCCCCUGGUCAUACACUGCUUGUAAGGAGUUUUCUGAAAUGCAUUUGAUCAUUUUCACUGUUUACAAGUCAAAAUGCAUCUCCUAUGAUAGCAAGUGAAAACAGUAGAGUACAAUUGGUGUCAUUGCUAAUGAUAAAUAAACCGACUGACGAAAUAAUC